UUUGAGAUUAACCUUCCUUGUGAUGUCUUGAAACCAUUUUCCAAAUUUUUCCACAGUGGUGGUGGUGACUGUGCACUUCCAAUGCUUGAAGAUCUUUUACUCUCCCUAGGAAAAAUAUUUCCACUGAUUGAUAAAAUCAUGAAAAGGGAGGUUAGAAAUGGUAUUGUGGUAUGUUCUACACAGUCAUCUGGUGUAUCUGCAGCACGUUAUGCUCUCAGAGGUGGAGCAAGCAGAGUUUUGCUUCUGCAGCUUGGAGAAGCAGAUAUUCCAAUUGAUAUUAAAGAGGAUGAAAAAAUUCUUGUGCUGCACAUGUAUGGUAAACAGGAUGAGAAGAAGCUAAACAAGUACUACAUUCCAGUCUGCUGGAAGGAGGAUAAUGAAUGGGAUGGGGAUCUUCUUUAUUCAGUCUUUGAGAUUAUUCUACCCUUGGCAUAUGGAUACAGACCUGAACUGGUGAUCUUGGUAGUGGGAUCUAACAUUGGAAUUCAAACAAUUACAAUAGCUCACAUGACACACUUACUCCAAGUUCUUGCUCAGGGUCGGAUCCUUGUAAUAAGCCAGGCUUCUGACUUUGUGGAGACUUUGCUGAGUUCUUUAAUCGGUGAUGCAUUAUCUGCAAUGAGCUCUUUUAAUCUGAAACAAGAAAACACCCAAGUAUUGGUAAAACUUAGACAAGAAUUGAAGAAGCAUUGGUGGUUGCUUUAGAGCGGAGGUAUGCAAAUAUAUCGACACAUUAAAACAGACAUGGGUAAAAAUUAAAUAUCAGACAUCAAAGCAUUGCAUUAUAUUGCACCCUGAAAAAUGCCAUGCAGCAAACUUCUAAUCUCAAGCUUGCUGUCCAGUGGAAUAGUGGAGAACAGUGACAAAAGCAGGCAUUGCUAUUCUUUAUCAACCUGUUCAGACAUUGCACAACACGCAUCUGGAGCAGGGACUUAAAUGUGGGCCUACUGAUACAAACGAAUCCCUUUCAAAAGCAGACAUAUCAUUAAAAAGGGAGAGAAAAAUGGAAUACAAUUAUGCUGGUCAAUUAAGGAAAAACUGACAUGAAACAAGAAAAUUUGGCUCAUUUAAGCCUUCCUUCUGAACAGACUUAAAAUAAUCUGCCAUAAUUAAAGACAAAACUCCCAAGAAAUGUGAAAUUUUAAAACCUCAAAAUAAAAUGAUCAAAAAGAGAAUGCAGUGCUCCCCAUGAUUUUCACUGCUGACCAGUUGAACUCUGAAGGUGGUGUCUGCUUGACCAUGUGGUUCAGUUACAUACUUUGUUAUGUUUGUCUAUACUUGCUGACAACCAUUGUCCUCCUAAAUUACUAUUUAUCCAGCUAUUUUUUGUAUACAUUAAUCAGCAUAAGAAUCAUUUUUAAGUAUAGUUUACUCAAUUAUCUACAGCUACUUUUAACUUCUAAUCUUGCUUCAGACCCUUAAACUUGAACCCAAUUUGUUAGUUCUGGAUUAGCAGCAAAGCUUGUAUUAUCUGUUUGUCCCCAUGUUUUCUAUACCUUUUAGCAUUUUCAAGUCCCAGGUCUUUUCUCUCCCUUCAGCCUAUACCUCAAUAAGGAUAAAUGUUGUUGCUCACAAAAUGGCUCAAUACAUUUCUGGUAGUGACUCCAAAAACCAUACAUGCUAAUCUAUAUUCCUUUUGCUUCUCUCGCAGUAGGAAUGCAAUGAGUUUUUUUUAAUUCAAAGUACUUCAGAAAAUUUUGUUUACAAUGCCUGCUAUUGAAUGACCAUGCUCCCUCUGUAUUUUGAAUGGAAAUUAGCUGGAACUGCUAAUAUCACUUUAAAUUCCCUGAUUUCCUUUAGUAAUCAUUAGCUACUAAUGGUUCAUCUGAAUGUCAGUCCUUCAUUUUCUUCUGUAAAUGAUGAUAGCCAGUACCUGUUAAGUAUUUCCAAAGUUGGAUUCUCAGUUCCUCAUACUGAGUUGUUGAUUCUGAUGCACAACAGGAUUACAAAAAUUUAAGCUGUGCACUUUAGAAGGUAAGGAAAUUCAGAAAUCAAAUAUCUUUUGCCCCUCCUAGCAACUUUGAACAAAGGUUUGCAGCAGAUUAUUUAGUCUGUCCUUUCUAGAAAGGAAGGUGCAUAUUAAGUAAUACCGCAAAAACAGUAAAAAGAAAAAUAAUUACAUGUAGCAAUUCCUAUCACUGUCUUUCACCUUCUCUUUAUCCUUUGUUACAAACAGGGAGGAGAGAGAACUGAAACACCAAUUCCCUUCCCUGCUUGCCUGUAAAUAAUACGUUUUCAAAAAGGAUAAUGUCUAUUUCUUUGCCAUUAACUCUUAGAAAAUAACAGCAGGCCUUCAUGAGUUUAAAUGAAGAGGAUUAUUUAUUUUCCUGUUCACCCAAGGGGGUGUCUAACACAUCACGUGUGUUCAAGAAAAAUCCAGUUAGAGAAUAUUACACUUUAAGUCAAUAAACAAAAUAAUAGUUUGUAAUUCAUGUGUUUAACUUGUCUUGGGGGAGAAAGCAUAUAUUGUGGGCUUAGUGAAGAAGGCAUCUUCACUCUAGAAGGAUAGUCUAGGUGGAUUCAAUACCUGAAGUUGUAUAGCAAAAAUGUUGCAGGAUUCUCUUAACAAAUGGAUUUUCAGCACAUCAUGAAGUUAGUCACAUGUGGUCUUCUUACCUGGAGGUAAAGUUUGUGUACUGCUGGAUUUGAGAAGCAACAGGCUGGUUAUGUUACCUGUUGCAAUAUCCAGUUUUAAGGCUUACGAAUUUCCAAUUUUGCUGUUGUUUCAUGUCACUUACACAAUUACUGGUUUUUCUCUGGUUUGCAAGAUAAUAAAAUGAGUUACCUAAGAACAAAUUUGAGCAGGUGUUGGAGAGGAAUUUUAAAGAGGAGCCUGAGUCUGUGUUCAGUAGUGCAAAUCAAUCUUUGUUUGGAGCUCCUAACCAACGCAGCGUGGACGAGGUCUCCAGGACACUCUACCGUUCCCAAUAAAGUACAGGAUGUAACAUUCCACAUUACAAUGGUUACAUGCAACAUGAACAUCAGUGCUCGCCACCUCCGCUCUGACCUACACAUCCAAUCCUGUGAAUACAUUAUCAAUGAUGGACAACUUAUGGGAAGUUUGCCAGACUUUCUGUCACUUGACCUGGGGCCCUUACAGUCCAUCUUAUUGAUCACACUGACUGUUAUAUCCCUUCCCAGACAUUUGCCAGCUGCAUCGUAUAUUUGCUUAUUAAUAAUGACUCCUCAAAUUUUGUUAUGAAAUUUUUAAUUGCUAACCUUUGGAUGUUAAUUACUACCAAUUGUUAUAAAGUUUGUAAUAUCAGCUCUAAUAUACAUAGUCCAAAGUCACACAGCACCAUGUUAUAGUCUGACAGCUUUAUUUGAAAACACAAGCUUUCAGAGUCUAGUACUUCUUCAGGUGCUAGUGAGAGAGGUAGUAUCAGACACAGAAUUUAUAAGUAAAAGGUCAAAAGUUCACACAAUUGAUGAGAAUGUAUGAAACAAACCUAAGAUGCUGCUUAGUACAUCCCCAUCAAUGGUGUGAACCUUUGACCUUUUACUUAUAAAUUAGUAGACAUUUAAUAUCCAUUUUUAUAAGUAAAAUCCAUUCCAGAAAUUCUAUACUGAAUACAGUCCAUCAUUAAAAUUAUGAAUAUGAUAUGAUAUGCUUUACUGGGCAUGACACUAAGUUUAUUCCUCCUGAACAACUGAUGAUUAUGCUUUCUUCGCCCUCAGGGAUUCAUAUCCAUUGACACUCUUCUUAUCUAACCUAAGCAGUGAACGUAAACGCACUAUUCAACUGGGGCAAUAUUGCAUCUGCUUCAAUCAAAGCACUCGAGACAUGAUUAUAAAUUGAGCCCCUAGCCUUUUUCUUUACUGUCAAACUUGGAGAGACAAUUGUGGUGCCAUCUUAGCUAAAGUCAUCAAACUUUGAAUAGGCCAGAUAAAUAACCUGAACCAUUCCUGAGUCAUUGUUUAUAUAUGUUUCAUUUUUGUAAUGUAUUAUGCGUUGACCCAUUGCAAAAGUCCAACUUGAUAUUUUAUUCUCAUGAACUAAUAUUGGUUUGUGACUUCAAUUGUGCUUUUAUCAACUGACUCAAAAUUGAGAUUUUGCAUACAACUUUCAUAUGUUGUAAGUGUACUUCUUCCUCUUUCCAAAAUGCAUUAAAUUAGACAUUUGGGCUUGUUUUUUGAAGUUGGAACUUGGAAUAACCUGAAUCCAUAUUUUGGAAGCACUAUUGGCAUUGCAUACAUUGGCAGUUUUGUUGUUACAUAUGAAUUCAAAUACUCUGCUGGAGAUUGUUGAAAUACAAGUUGUCCUUGUACAGAAACUGGUCAAUAUGCAAAAUAAUAAACUGUUAUAUUCAUCUACACUGUUCUUAAUAACAGCUUGUUUAAUUCGCACAUGGACAGACUUUUUGGACAAUGAAAAAAUGCUAGUGAUUUGUUUGGGAUGAGCAUCGCACAGAAUUAAUCAAAGACUGAUGAAGUUGAAAAGGAAGAUGCAAAUACCUUUUUCAUUAAAUACCCAGAUUUAAUGCCAUACAUAAAAGCCACUGUUAUAGUAAUUUAAAGCCCAGUAAUUAUAUUGAAAAUUAGAAUUCUAUACUGUAAAAUGCUUCUGCACACAUGUGUUGUCAUGUUAUGCUUUGGAAGAAUUAACAGAUGGCAAUUGCUUGAUUACUUGCACUUCAAAAUGUUCAAAUAGAAUUUUUUUUUAUUUGUAUCACUGGACUGUUGUAGAUUGCCUAAUGUUAAAUUAAAGAAUGAAUAAUAUACAUAAAA